AUGGAGGGCCUGGGUCGCUCCUGCCUGUGGCUGCGACACGAGCUGUCGCCCCCACGGCCGCAGCUGCUGCUCCUGGACUGCCGCAGCCGUGAGCUAUACGAGGCGGCGCGCAUCGGUGGGGCGCUGAGCGUGGCCCUGCCAGCGCUGCUGCUGCGUCGCCUGCGCCGGGGGAGCCUGUCGGUGCGCGCGCUGCUGCCUGGGCCGCCGCUGCAGCCGCCCCCACCUGCCCCCGUGCUCCUGUAUGACCAGGGCGGCGGGCGGCGGCGGCGCGGGGAGGCUGAAGCUGAGGCCGUUGAGGAGUGGGAAGCCGAGUCGGUGCUAGGCACCUUGCUCCAGAAGCUGCGGGAGGAAGGCUACCUAGCCUACUACCUACAGGGUGGCUUCAGCCGAUUCCAGGCCGAGUGCCCUCACCUGUGUGAGACCAGCCUCCAGGGCCAUGGCGGCCCCAGCACAGCCCAGGCACCCGGGCCAGUGCCCGUCGUGGGGCUAGGCGGCCUGUACCUGAGCUCCGAUUGCUCUGACGCAGAAUCUGAGCCGGAACGUGACCCCACAAGCUUCGGCCUGGAUUCAGAGGGUGCCACACCUCCCCCAGCGGGGCUGCUGCCAUCCUUUCCUGUCCAGAUCCUGCCCAACCUCUACCUGGGCAGUGCCCGGGAUUCAGCCAACCUGGAGAGCUUGGCCAAGUUGGGUAUCCGUUACAUUCUCAACGUCACCCCCAACCUCCCCAACCUCUUCGAGAAGAACGGCGACUUCCAUUACAAGCAGAUCCCCAUCUCAGACCACUGGAGCCAGAACUUGUCCCAGUUCUUCCCAGAGGCCAUCGCGUUCAUUGAUGAGGCCUUGUCCCAGAACUGCGGGGUGCUCGUCCACUGCCUGGCUGGGGUCAGCCGCUCCGUCACUGUCACCGUGGCCUACCUCAUGCAGAAGCUCCACCUCUCCCUCAAUGAUGCCUAUGACCUGGUCAAGAGGAAGAAGUCGAACAUCUCCCCCAACUUCAACUUCAUGGGGCAGCUGCUGGACUUCGAGCGAAGCCUGAGGCUGGAGGAGAGGCGCUCGCAGGGGCGCGACAGUGGGGGGCAGGGAUCCACCACCUCCGAUGACCCACCCUCCUUCUUCACAACCCCCACCAGCGAUGGCGUCUUUGAGCUGGACCCCACAUAA